UUUACUAUGGUUAUAUAAUUAAAUUAAGUGAAAUACACAUUGAUUGAUCAUGGUUAAAUAACGUAAAUUUUAAAUUCAAAUACAUGACAUACAUAUAUUGACUUGGUGUAUACAUCGGGUGCAUAUAAGUUUUACCCUUUCCGCCCCAUCAUUGACCCUCUUUUCCCUUAAUAUUAUCCCUUCCAUUGUCAUUUUUUCCAACACUACUCACCUCUUGUACUCUUUUUCUUUGUUUCCUAAUUCUGCCUCUUGGCCCCUCCCCACUCCUUGUGACCAAUUUUUUGUCUUCUUCAAAUUUCAACUCUAUAUGUACCACUAUAUCUCUAUGUCCACCUCAAAUACACAUACAACUUUCCAUACUUCAUCUUUUCCCUUUCUAUUGUCUCUUUUUUUCAUUUUCUUGGUUUGUUCCAAUACCACCGCACUGAGAAAAAACCCUGCUUGUUUUAAUUUCUAACUUCAUUUGAUUGACUAUCUAAACUUUCACCCUUUUCUUCCCCAUCUUAAAACAAAAAUCAAUAAACAAGUCGAGAAGAAGGGAAGUCAGCUAACCAAGAAUCACAGAAAUUUGCCCUUUCAUCCGAUUUUCCCUUCCGAGAUUGCUUUCCUCUCCACUUUAAACGUCUUUUUCCCCUGUUCAAGGCAAGCUUUGUAUGAACCUUCUGCGUUGCCAUUGCCCCGUUGCUCUCAAUCCAUGAUAACAAUCAGGAAAUAUUGACUCCUCAUUCUAAUACAGGUAGUCAUCCACUUUGAAUUGAAUAGUAGCGGAAAAAGUUACUUAAAAAUUCCCCAAGGCUUUGGUAAUCCGGAAUUGACAUUAAACUUUCUGGAUUAGCACAAGGAAAUAGUUGUCUGUGAAAAUGGCAGAUGCUUCUUCAUACACUCCUGGUAAACUAGACGAUCCAAGUAUGGUUGAGCUAACUGCAAAAGUACUAGUAGUGGCAGUCACAGUUCUCUUUCUUGUAGUCUUCUUCAUCUUCUCUCUCCAUCUCUAUUCAAAAUGGUUCUGGAAUCGCCACCGUCAAGCAGACGGCGGCAACCCUAACACCACGCGGCGUCGGCGCCGUUUCGAGUUUUCUCCAGGUCAUCAAGAAGUUCAUGUUACAUCUGUUCUCAGCAGUGGCCUUGAUCCUUCUCUUCUUAAAACAAUUCCAGUAGUUUUAUUCAAUCCUGAAGAAUUCAAAGAUGGAUUGGAAUGUGCUGUUUGUCUUUGCGAUGUUUCUGAGGGUGAAAAGGCCAGACUUUUGCCUAAAUGCAAUCAUGGUUUUCAUGUCGAGUGCAUUGACAUGUGGUUUCAGUCUCACUCAACCUGUCCUCUUUGUCGAAAUCCAGUACUGUCUGAAGAGUCAACAGUCGAAAACGUACUUAGAACAUCGGUAGAUGAAGAGGAACCAGCAACCGUAGACAUGCCAAAUUUCCCAACUAAUGUCUUGUUUUGGGGAAAUGAGACUCAAGUUAGCACAUUGGGUUCGAGUUUGGAGGAAUCGUCUCCUUCUCCUCCUCCACCACCAUCAUCGUCUUCGUUGUUAGCCUCAACGAGUGAUAGACAGUGUGCUUCAUUGGUAAUUGAUAUUCCAAGGGAGACUAAUGAAGUAGUAGUAGAAGAAGAACAUAAGUCUCCAAUGCCAACAAGAUUGAGGUCUUUGAAAAGGCUAUUGAGCAGGGAUAGGAAGGCUAAUCCUUCUAGUCCAAGAAUAGAUGUAGAACAAGGAGACGGAGUCCACAGCUGACGUUUUUAGAUGAUCAUUGAACUAUUGUGUGAUACUACGCGAUUAGGUAGUUUUUGAUGUUUGCUACGGAAUCUGGAGAUGAAUUGUAUGUCCAGAACUCUUAUUUGUUUGUUCAACUUUUUUGAAAAAAUAUCUUGAUGCAGAUGUAAAGUUGACAUCUGCUUAUAGGCAGUGAAUAUAUUGUAUAUGUAUAAACGAAAAUGCAGUGGGCAUCUCUGUUUGAGGAUGAAGCAAUCAAUCGUCUCUUACAGUAGAGUAUUGAGACUUCCUUUUCAGUUAUUUUGUGGCUGCUACAAUGAUAUGAUCAAAAUUUCAUACAUA